AUGCCUUGCGAGAACCUUGCCAACCUUUGCCCUACCUGCCUGGACCUCGCGUCCAAGUGCAGCGAUAAGCUCGCAGCCGAGUACAUCCCCGUCAACUCCCUCCGCCACCCAGCCGACACGAAACCCUUCAUCCUCGAGUUCGACACAACAACCAGCUUCGACACGCACGCAGGCGGGAAACUCAUCGGCCAAUCUCUCCGCGACCUGCUCGAACCUCACCUCAAGACAACGGGCGACGACGGUACGCCCCACGUACGCCGCUUCCACAUGUGGAUCCGACGAUACACCGAGGCCGAGAGGACAGCCAAAUCGACAUCGGAGCCCGCCUCCCUGCCCUUACCCGUCGUCAAGCGCAGUCCGAAGUUGUACGAAGAGGAGUGCCAUGAUUCCCUCUACCGGCUCAUGUGGUUCCACGAGUUGGUGAAGAAUCAGCCGUGCGCGCCGUAUAUGUUUUGGAGCAACUUUGCGCCCUUGCCCCGGAGUGAGACGAAACCGGCUAAUGCCAAGGUCGAGCCGUGGUUUAUUUGGAGGGCGGAGCAUCCGACGACGCCCACCGGCAAGGUUGCUGGGGCUUAG